UUCCUACCUGGUCUCCUCCCCUGUCAUCUCCGACCCCUCCCUGUGGCAUCACACAAAAUCAGCACUGUGCAUGAGGGUGACAAGUGACUACAGGCAGGAAAUUUAAUCUAGCUCUCCAUCCUGCAUAGAAGCUUUGGCCAGUCUGAGAAGUAGAGGAUUUUUCUCUCCUCCUUCUCGCCUCCACUUGCUCUCCCCCGUGUUUUUCCUUCCUGUGACAGGAACAUGUGUCUGAGAAGACUGCUGAUGCUUCAGUAAGUAAUGGCUUAGGUCUGACACAGUGUGGACUCUGAGGGCUUCAGUCUUAUGCGUGUCAAGUAGGAUUUGGGCCACACGAGUAAGCCGAGCCAGUCUGAGGUGGUAAGCAGUUCUCACACCCAUGAAAGUAUACCAGGUGGCUCGUUCCUUGUGAGAACCAAUGAGAUAAUGCUUGUCCCUCAGUGCUGUAGAAAGAAGGAGGCUUGUAAUCACACCCGAAGAUCAAACCCGCCCAUGGCCUGCCUACGCUAUCACCCCGAUUAGGAAGUACUCACUCCACGUCCUGUGGAAAGCAGCCCAGUGGCCACAGAUGUCUUUAAUUCCAAAAACCUGGCCGUUCAGGCACAAAAGAAGAUCUUGGGUAAAAUGGUGUCCAAAUCCAUCGCUACCACCUUAAUCGAUGACACGAGCAGCGAAGUGCUGGACGAGCUGUACCGGGUGACCAGGGAGUACACCCAGAACAAGAAGGAGGCGGAGAAGAUCAUCAAAAACCUCAUCAAAACAGUCCUCAAGUUGGCCAUUCUGUACAGGAAUAACCAGUUUAAUCAAGAUGAGCUGGCACUGAUGGAGAAAUUCAAGAAGAAAGUGCAUCAGCUCGCUAUGACCGUGGUCAGUUUCCAUCAGGUGGAUUACACCUUUGACCGCAACGUGCUGUCCAGGCUGCUGAACGAGUGCAGAGAGAUGCUGCACCAGGUCACCCAGCGCCACCUCACCGCAAAGUCGCACGGACGGAUUAACAACGUCUUCGAUCACUUUUCAGAUUGUGAUUUUUUGGCUGCCUUGUAUAAUCCCUUUGGGAAUUUUAAACCCCACUUGCAAAAACUUUGUGAUGGUGUCAACAAAAUGUUGGAUGAAGAGAACAUAUGAGCAUUUGAAUAAAGAUUGUGACUGCUCGCGAUGUAUCCAAAGAUGGAGCACUGUUGAUUUAUGAAGGAAGAGUUUUUUGAAGAGUAAACGUAUUUCAGAAAGACUUUGCCCAAUUCAGUUGUCAGACAUGAAUGAUAAAGUUUGUGAGGCUCGUUUUAUUUGAAGAAAAGCAUAUUGCCAAACAUUAUGGUUAAAAGCUUCCUAAGGGUUAACAGAUCAUGAGAAAGAUGUGUAGUUGCAUAAUGCAAAUAUCAAGUUAUACAAAGAAAAAUAGGCUUGGCUCCGAACCUUGAGACAUCUUUACUAGGGCAGUUGUGUUGGCGGUACAUUGGAUAUUUCUAACAUGUACAGAGUUAUAUAUUUUGAUUCACUUUUAUUCCUUACUAUGUAUAUGUACCUCUUUUAAAAAACCAAGAGCUUUCUCUUGCUGGCAUUUCUCCUUUUGAAACCAUUCCAUUUUCAAGUCUACCUUUGUUAAAAAUUCUUUUGUUAAAGAUUUCUGUCAUUGACAUUCAAGAAUUGUCUUAAUUAAGAAUUAAGACAUUAAAGAAUUAAGGCAGUCAAAUUGGAACCCUCAGAGGAAUAGAAAACUGCUUCUCUGGAAUCAAUAUUGUAGAAACCGCCUGUAUUUGACAUUAUGAACAAUGUCUUAUAUCAGAAUAUGCUUCUGGUGUUGAUUCCCGAUUUUUAGUACCAACUGUGAUAUUUCCCAAAAUGUGGUAAUUCCCUAAAACGUAAUGGCGUGCCAUUACCUUGAAAUGCUUGCUGAGGGCUUAAGUUUUAUGUUAUCUUGAAAAUGUGCUGAUGGAAUCUCCAUUUUUUAAUACUCAUUUUGAAUGUAAGAGACAAAGAGAAAAUCUAGAUUGUUUUUUAUAUUAAGACAAUAAAAACUAAGUAAUAUCAAGAAAAAUAAAACAAUCUUUAUUUUAGAAAUGAGCCCAUAAAAUUUAGGGGGAUAAGGGGCAAAAAAGAAGAAAAGAUGUUGCUACAGAACACAAGAAUGGAAAUAAUGCAUUUCAAUGUUUAGUAAGGUUUGAUAGGUCAAUAAAGAA